AUGGACACUGUUACACAAGGAAUAACUACAACGAUUAUACGUGUUUGCACAUUCAAUUUACGUCAUGGUCCUAUUGAUCGUGGUACACAAAAUGCAUGGGAAAAACGAAGACCAAUUGUAAAAGAUUGUCUUAAAAACAUGCAACCAACAAUUAUCGGAACACAAGAAGGUUAUCCACCACAACUUAAUGAUAUUCUUGAUGAUUUAAAUGAGUCUACAAAAUGUUGGUCAUGGAUAGGUGAAGAACUUGAUGAGUGGUAUAUAACUAAUGCUAUAUUCUAUCGUCAUGAUCAAUUUUCACUUAUUUCAACAAAAACAUUUUGGUUUAAUGAACAUCCAUCAACAAUUGGUUCGGCUUGGAAUACAAAAUAUCCUCGUGGUUGUACAUGUGCUCAAUUUCAACAUAUUAUUACAAAACAACCAUUUAUUAUCUAUAAUGUUCAUCUUGAUUUUCCAUCUCAAAAAUCACGUCAUCAUUCUAUACCUAUUCUAUUAUCACAAAUCAAAGAAAAUGGUGAUCAUAUUGAUAAAGUUAUUGUUAUUGGAGAUUUUAAUAAUUGGCCAGAACAAGUUGAUGGUGAAACACCUGUUGAUAAACUUAUUCUUUUAGGACAACAAGCAUCAGAAAUUGAACAAAUGAAAAAAGCUGGUUUUGUUGAUACAUAUCAACAUGGAGAAACACCAACAUUUAAUGGUUUUCGAUUGGCUGGUUAUGGUCCGAAAAUUGAUUUUAUUUGGAUUUCAUUAAAUAGUGUUUAUCGUGUUGAAGGUGAAACAAAAGUAGAUGAUUAUCAUGAUAAAGAUGGAUUUUUUCCAUCUGAUCAUUUUCCUGUAUAUACUGAUCUGAUAUAUACUGAAUAG